CGUUAGGAGGGAGCCAAUGAAAGCCCGGUGAUUGGCCGGAGCUAGCCAAUCAGAGGCGCCAGGUGAAAUUUGAAAGCGAGUGGAGGCGGCAGCGCUGAGGCAAGCGGAGCGGCGGGCCCGGCAAGGAUAAUCAAGAUGGCUGCUACCUCCCACUUUGUCAGUCGGUACAAAAAGGAUUUGAGCACAGAAACCAUCAGAACAAAAGUUGCUCGCAGAAAAUCCAUGCUCCAAAAGGAGAGCAGACACAAGUUGUUUGAAAAGGGCAGACAGUUUGGACUGACAGAUGUCAAUGUUCAGGUGUCAAAAACGAGGGGGAUUUCUCAAGGAAGUGGGGCAAGCGAAACGUGCUCACAGGAGAACAGCAGUUUGAAACAGAAACAAUCUACAGAUGCAGCCACCAAGAGGGUGAAUGAACGCAGAGAAAUGCUUCAGCGCUAUAAAGAAGAGAAGGAGCUCCGAAAACUGAAAGAACAAAGAGAAAAAGCAAAAAAGGGUGUGUUUAAAGUUGGGUUAUAUAAACCUACUGCAUGUGGAUUUCUUUCACUUGCACCUGAAGUUCCCACAACAACAAAGCCAAAAGAAAAGGCAGCUCCUGCUUUCUCUGAGAGGAUUACUCGAUCAAAGGCCAAGAACCAAACAGAAAAGGCUGCGAUAUCAACUGCAUUGAAGCCCUCUACGGUCUGUGCCAAUGGGCAGAGCGUGCGCCCCACACAAGCAGCACGUAAGCAGAUGAGCACAGAGAAAAUGGCUGCAAAGGGCAAAGUGUUGCAGCCUUCAGUCCAGACAGCAUCAAAUGUAAGAGUCACCAGAGCAGCUGCCUCUGCAGCUAGACAGGUGCCAAAAACAACUGCAGCUGCUAGUGGUAACGUGUCACAGAGAAAGCCAGCAAAUGCAGCAAAGCAGAAGAAAGCAGUCAAACCUGAUGUCAUAGAGAUAAUUCCUAUUAAACACGAAGUGAACGAAAACGCUCCACUGGACCCAGUGAUUUGUUCAGCAUCAGAACUUAAACAGGAACAGACAUCUGUAGAAAAGAACAACUCUGCUCCUGGAAGACCCAGAACGCGCUCCUUUGCACCACAGAAUUUUGUGUUUCAGCCCUUAGAAGGACUAACAGCCUACAAAGUUACACCCAUGACUCCAUCUAGAGCAAAUGCAUUUUUGUCACCUGAUGCCUUCUGGGAUUUCUCCAAAUCUCCAGUUAAUACAGUUGAAAAAUCCAGUGAAACUAAGGUACAGGAGCCUAAUUUAAGAAGUCAGAUUUCACCUUCUCUUCAAGGCAUUCAAGAACAGCAAGUGACUACAAGUUUGCAAGGAGAAGGAAAUGAAUCAGAUAAGGAGGCUUCCAUUCAGAGAUCCAACGAAACAAUUCCUGUAUCUACAGAAAUGGCAGUGACUGAAACAAAGUCGGAUGAUAUAAGAGAGCAAGAGCAUGAUGUGCCCUAUUUCAGAAACAUUCUACAAUCUGAGACAGAAAGACUGAUGUCUCAGUGCCUUCAGUGGGAUGGAAAACUUGAGCUGGACAUUCCAGAGGAUGCUAAAGAUCUCAUCCGCACAGCAGUUGGUCAGACAAGACUGCUUGUAGCAGAAAGGUUUAAACAGUUUGAAGGACUGGUGGAUAACUGUGAAUUUAAGCAGGGUGAAAAGGAAACGAUGUGUACAGACUUGGAUGGAUUUUGGGAUAUGAUUAAUUUUCAGAUUGAAGAUGUGAAUAAGAAAUUUGAUAAUCUGCAGAAGCUUCAAGAUAACAAAUGGCAACCAAUUGCUGUGCCAGGCAAAGAAGCUGUCAAGAAGCAGACUGUUCCAAAUAUGGUCUGUAAACCAAAGCUGGGGGCAGCUGGAAGGACUGCUGCCCGAAAGAGGCUUGCUGCUGUGAAAGCUGCUAUGAGGGAUAAAAUGAAGCAGGAUGGAGUUGCUGAUAGUGCGUAUCAGGAUAAGCAACCAGAAGUAGAAAAAGUGGUUUUUGAAGCAGGAUUUUUCAGAAUUGAAAGCCCUGUAAAAAGCUUUCCAGGUUCACUUUCAAAGACACCUCGCAGAUCAGGGCAGCAGACUUGGGAAGGUCUGACAGCUCCAAGAUCAUCCAGAAGAGCUUUGCUGCAGGGCAGCUCUGUGCCUUGUAACCCUGAGGAUACAACUGCAAAACAAACUACACCACUGCUCAAAGGCUGCCACCCAGCACAGAGUUUGGAAGUGCACCCAUGUCCCACUGAAACAACUCUCCCUGGUGGUUUUCUUGAACAAAGCAUUUCCCCAGCUGCAGAAGAACACAAUCCUGUUGCUGGCGCAGCAGAAGGCACCUGGGUGCUGGGAAACUGUAGCAGUGAAUUAAAAGCAGUGGAUGACAUGGAAGAGAUGGAAUUGUCUGCUCCAGAGCAACAGGGCCAAGAUCCCACCAUGUGCAGCCCAGAGAAGGGUACGUGCACUGGGUUCAGCUUCACUCAGCCUGGAGAACCAAAAAUGCUUCAGAUGGGUACACAUCUUCAAGCUAUUGCAGUCUGUGACAUUUUCUUGAGAGAUUUGGCUUCCAUUGACAGAAAUCCUUCAGAUACACCCAUGCUGGAUGCUGAGCUUCCCUUCACUCCACUCAAGAACAACCUCCAGAAGUUCACAGCAGCUGAAACGUUCAGUGACCUGAUUGUAUUUUCUCCUCUUUCUCCCUCUGGAGAAAAAUGAAUGACUGGAAAUUUGAAAUGAGUAAAUUCUAUUCAGUAGAAAACAGAAGCUGCCUGGAACACCAUCUGCAACCCCUGGGCUGUGUUCUUUGUGACACCUGUGGUAUUUUCGAGUGGAACUUGGUAGAAAACUUGGUAACACAUCUGCUGUGAGCAGUGGUGCAGUCACUGCACUGUGCAUAUUGCUGUGCAGUUUGCUGGCUUUACCUCCUGCAUCCAAUGAAAUAUUCUGAAAUAUUCUUAUUUGUUUAUAAUUUCAUGUAUUUGUUGUCUCCUUCGAGUUAUAAAACUGUCCACCUUAAAUCUCUCCUGUCUUGACCUUAAUUACUUUGUGAGUUGUUUUUAUGAGAGAUUGGAUAUGGGUUGUGUAACAGACAUGUUCCAUUAGCUGCUUCUAUCUCCAUUUGUGAUGAGGGCACCUCCAGAAGUGCCUGUUAUCUACCCCAAAGCACUGUUUUGUAUUCAGUGCUGUUGCAGCCUUUAGCUCCAGUACUCUGUGCAUUAACUGCACCUAAUCAGCAGAUGGGAUGAGGUUAGAUUCUUUCCUUUCCUGUGGGAUUUUUCCUAUUGCCUAACAAUCACUUGCUUGAAUUUCUGCUGUUACGAAGCAUCUCAAAACCAGAUAAUAUCUAUUCCUUACACUGUGUUAAUAGGGAUGGAUUUUUGAAGAUGCUCAGUGCUGAGCUGUGUCAUUAAGUACCUUCAAGCUAAAUUCCAUUUUCUUUUUCAUCUGGCAGUCCCUUAACCAGUCUCCUUGAACAUUUGGCUGUUAACCUCAGCUUCCCCUCGCAUCUUUCUCUCAUCUGGACUAAUCUAUUUAAGCACAAGGAGUGUGCCAGUUCCUGCUACUCCAACAUGGAGUUUAUAUGUAGUAGAGUACCUCCAGUUCUUAUAUUUUUAAGAGGUGCCUGAUCAGCCUGCUUCUUGUGAUGCUGUUCUUUGUGUGCUGCACACAUUCUUCCACUGGCCUUUAUUGUCAGCUAAGCAAAUGCCACACAAACCCUUCAGCAGAAGGCAUUGAUGUUACAUGUGGGGCCUUGUUGUUUGACUGCAGUUCUGACUUAGAAGUUGUGUACUGAUAGCACUGAAAUAAAUGGAGGAAGCUGACCUGACCCAG